AUGGCGCACUUGCCACCCGUGAACCGCGCCAUGGGUCAAACACCGCCUAUCGUGCAUUCACGCACACCUCCCGCGCCGCGCAUCCCUACACCUCAGCGAACGCCUCAGCUUCUUCCUUCUACCCCCUCUGUGCAUUCACAGCAGGCGUUGGCAUCCUCGCCGACCCCGCCAACGACUACGGCGACGGCAACACCGCCGCCUACGACUCCCUCGGUAACUUCAGCAUCGAUGAGCGGAGCGCCCAUCCCGACGGGCACGCGUAUGCCCUUCUACCCGCCGCUGCCAUGGCUCUCGGUCCCCGAUGCCGAUUUCCCACCACGAGCAUCACAAAAGAAGCGACGGAGAAGGGCUCCGGUACCGGCGCAGGAGGACGACCUUGCUCUGCCGUCGCGUGAGCAGGUGGUAGACGUUGAGAAGGUUCUUGGUGCGAAGGAAUUACAAGAGGAUGCCGACCACACUUCGACUGAGGGACCGGAAGAGUCGCAGGCCUCGACCAUGGCCCCUGCUUCAGAGGCGGCCACCGAUACCCCGCAAUCUUCACAUCCUCCUUCAGAAAUAGACUCUACUCUUCCGGCAGCUACAUCUCCUACAAUGCCCACGCAGCCUGCGCGCGCGUCUCAGGGCUCGCACGCCCGCACGCAGACGAAGCCUGCUGUGCCUCUGAUACCGAUUAAGCCUACCAAAGCACUUAGCGUUACAUCACCUACCCAGAACUCGGUAAAGUCAUCAACAGCAGAUAAAGAGGGAAGCAAGCCAGAGGUCGUCACACCUACUACUCCUGCCCAAGAGACUGGUGGCAACGCCGAAGAGACGCCCAAAGCAUCCCCUCCACCAAAAGCAGCACCUAAGUCAUGGGCCGCACUUCUCCAUUCGAAGAAUUCUGCUGCCGCCACCGCCAAAGCUCCUACCAUCUCCAACGGCGUCGCUCCCACAAAUGGCCCGGUGGUGUCCAAGAGCAAUUCCCUUGGCGAUGUCCUUGCCUCCUAUUCUGUCGAUUCCUAUAAAAAGAUUUCUUUUCUCGAACCCCGUGGCCUUGUAAAUACGGGCAACCUGUGUUAUAUGAACUCUAUUCUUCAAGUCCUUGUUUUCUGCGUACCAUUCUACGACUUCUUGGAUCAGUAUGCGAAGCGCGCCGUGCAUAGCUUCAAGUCUGAAACCCCUCUUGUAGACGCAAUGAUCAUGUUUAUGCGCGAUUUCAAAGUCAUCGACUCGGCUGAAUCUACCGAAAAGCUCCGCAUGCGCUUGAAGGAUAACGAACUUGAGCAGUACGGUGAACCUCUAACACCAGAAUACGUAUACGACGUCAUCAGGCGAUUGCCUCGUUUCGAUAACAUGAAGCGUGGUCAGCAGGAGGAUGCGGAAGAGUUUUUGGGGUUCCUUCUUGCAGGCCUUCACGACGAAUGCGCUCACGUCAUCAAGACCUCGAGAUCUUCGAAUGGAGACGCCUCGGUUACUUCUCCGAACAGCGAACGAUCCGGGUCUGUCGAUGGAGGCUGGCUCGAGGUCGGCCCGAAGCAAAAGGCAUCUGUUACACAGUCUUCGGGGGCUGUUGACGUUGAGAGCCCGCUUACCAAGAUCUUUGGCGGCAAGAUCCGCUCCGAAUACAAGAGGCCAGGCGAGAAGCCUUCCGUUACUAUGGAGCCCUACCAGCCUCUGCAAUUGGACAUUGGUUCACCGAACGUCAACAACAUUGCCGAUGCGCUGAAGGGGCUGACACACCUGGAGACUUUGGAUAGCACCACCCGGGGCGCACGUGCCUCCACCAAGCAGAUGUUCAUUGAGACUCUUCCACCAGUGCUUAUACUACAUCUCAAGCGCUUCCACUACGAUGUCAGUGGACCUCAGAAGAUCUGGAAGAAGAUUGGCUAUCCACUUGAGCUUGAUAUUCCCAAGGAGGUGUUCCCACCCCACAAGCGAGGCGGGUUCGGCGCCCGCGGCUCACCACGCUACCGAUUGACAGCGGUGGUCUACCAUCACGGAAAGAAUGCAAGCGGCGGUCAUUACACCGUUGACCUUCGCCGGCAAGAGGGCCGCGAAUGGAUUCGCAUGGACGACACGGUCAUUCGUCGCAUCCGUGCACAAGACGUUGCCGAGGGCGGUGCCGAAGAGGAUCCCAAGGUCCUCGCCGCCGCGCUCGAGCAGCACAAAAACGAUGCAGGCGCCGCCACGAGGAAGAACUUCUUCGAGCAGAUUGGCGACGAUGCAGAGUCAGACAAAGGUGGUUGGAGCCAAGUCAACGGCUCGGAGAACAAGAAGGAGAAGAAGUGGGCAGGAGUGGUCAAUGGCACGGCGACGCCCAACUCGGCAGGAAAGCGGACGCCAUUGCCGAAAGAGAAUGUGCGCGACAACAAGGUUGCGUACAUUCUUUUCUACCAGCGCAUUGAAUCUUGA